CGUUGACGUGUCGUACUGUCUUCCUCGUCUCUCGUUACUCGCGCCGUCGCGCGUGGUCUCCGGACGUCUCAUUCGGCAGCGAGGAGACCAAGGCGGGGGGGACUUCCGAUCUGGUGUAGGGUACACUGGUUUGGCGCGAGACCAUGGAGGGAUCCCUGGAGGCGCGGCCCGGUGUCCUACUCGUCGGCGCCCCGGGCGUCGGCAAGCGGACCAUCCUCUCCCAGUUUCUUGGAGCAGAAAUACCUGACGUGCAUGACUUAUCAUCCGGUGUGCUUUGUCAGGGGUGGACAAUUGAAACAAAGUAUUAUUCAGCUGAUCUUUCCAUCUGGACAGCAAAUCUUGGUGAAGAAUUUUCUCUUGAUUCCCUCCCUCAUUUAGACCGGGUGGCUGCCCUCGUUAUGGUCUUCGAUAUGAGUGAUGAAUCCACCUUGCUUACUCUGCAAAGCUGGGCUGCCAGUGUUGAUAUCCAGAGGUUUGAGAUCUUGUUAUGCGUUGGAAAUAAAGCAGAUCUUGUACCUGGUCAUAGCGUGCAUGUAGAAUAUAGGAGGCGUAUGCAAAAUCUUGGGGAGUCAAGUUCUGAUCCACACCCUGAUUAUUUCAAUUUUGGGAUAAAUGAAAGUGAGGGUUGUAGCUUGUUAUCUGAGGAAGAACCAUGCAUAAAGAUCAGAAACUCGACUGCACAGUGGUGCAUUGAGCAGAACAUAGAAUAUAUUGAGGCCUGUGCUUCCAAUGCUGACUUUGAUAAGUGUCUAUCAGUGGAUGGUGAUAGCCAAGGCUUAGAGCGACUCCUUGGAGCUCUUUCUGCACAUAUGUGGCCUGGAAUGAUUCUGAAAUCUGGAAACAGAAUAACUGUCCCAUCCUUGGUUGAAAAACAAGAAUCCACAGAUGAUGAAUCCAACUAUGAUUUUGAGUACGAGGUCUUGUCUCAUGGAUCCGAUGACCAGUGGGAAUUUAUUGGAGAGACAAGUACAUCCAGAAGAUUUGAGAGACCAAAUGAGCCUGAUGGUGCACAGGAUCACACACAUCAAGUUGUGAAUGCCGGUACUGACUCUUCAGCAUCCAACUCUCCCCCGACUAACACACCCACAGAAACUGCUGAAGAGAAUACUGUAACUCAGAGCAACAAAACCGACAAUAGUGAUCAUGUGGACAAAACCACAGCAUAUAGCACUGAGGAUCAUCAAAGUGAUCUUCGAGAGGCUAACCAUCUUUUUGAGGACGAGCAUUAUGGUCUGGAUGACCUGGAGAAAAUAAUGUCGGAGAUUGGCAACAUGCGAUCAAACUUAAGACUCAUGCCUGACUUCCAAAGGAGGGAGAUGGCUGCAAAGCUAGCCAUGAAAAUGGCAGCCAUGUUUGGUGAUGAUGAUGAAGAGGCAUUUGAUGAUAUCUAAGGCAAUUCAUGUAACUCCACCUUGCUGAUUCCCAGACAGGGUUGCAGAUGAUUGAAAGAUGGCUUUGUACAAGCCGACGAGCCUCUUGCCACCUAGGGCCUUUCUCAUGAUAAUGUCUUUUUUCUUAGUGAAAAUUUUUGUGGCUGUUGAGCGUUCUAUAUGCCUUGUAAGAUGUAUUAUUAUGAACUUUAACUCCUUCAAUCAUCCAGGUGGAAAUUUUGUGG